CUCGCCGCCGCUCUGCCCAUUGGUGUCAACAUGGUGGGCAGCCUUAGCCUGAGCAAGCAGCAUAACGGCGUCAGCCACUCGGUGGCGUUCCUCCUUGGGGCUCUCCUCCCCACCUUGCUGCUCUUCUUCCUCGCCUCAGACCGGCUUGGCGAGAAGCUGGCAAUCAUCUCGAGCUUGGGGAAUGGAUCAGCUCAUCAGAAGAUGAGCCACGCAAACAUCUCCGACGACGGCACGGAGGACAGAUUCCCAGGGCUGGCGGAGCUGCUGCCGAAGGUUGCGACGGACGACGGCACGGUGAUCAUCACGUCGGUGAACGAGGCGUGGGCGGUGCCGGGCUCCCUCCUCGACCUCUUCCGCGAGGGCUUCAAGAACGGCGAGGGCACCGCGCACCUCCUCAACCACACCCUCAUUGUCGCGGUGGACGCCGGCGCCUUGGCACGCUGCCAGGCCGUGCACCCGCACUGCUACCUCCUCGAGGUCAAGUCGGCCGACGUCACCUCGGCCAACCGCUUCAUGACCAAGAGCUACCUCGAGCUCGUAUGGGCCAAGCUCUCCCUCCAGCAGCGCGUCCUUGAGCUUGGCUACAACUAUCUCUUCACCGAUGUGGAUAUCAUGUGGCUGCGCAACCCGUUCCGGCACAUCAACCUCUACGCCGACAUGGCCGUCUCCACCGACCGUUUCAACGGCAAAGCCGAGGACCUGACCAACGCGCCCAACACCGGCUUCUACUACGUAAAGUCGACGAACCGGACGGUCGAGAUGCUGAUGCGGUGGCGGGCGGCGAGGCCGCGGUUCCCUCCGACCCACGACCAGGCUGUCUUCAACGAGAUCAAGGGCGAGCUCGCCGCCGGCGAACUACAGAUCAAGUUCGUGUUCCUCGAGACGACGCUCUUCGACGGUUUCUGCCAGUUCCACGGCGAGAUGGACAGGGUCUGCACGAUGCACGCCAACUGCUGCAUCGGGCUCGAGAACAAGGUGCACGACCUGAGGAACAUGGCCGCCGUAUGGAAGAACUACACGAGCCAGACAGCGUCGGAGAAGAUGAGCGGCAAACUUAGGUGGCCGGUACCCACCAAGUGCGAAGCUUCGAUGAGAUCAUGACAGCGCUGACAAUAUUAAGUCUGGUCGCGGUAUGUACAGUAGAAGGUGAAAGUUUAUUAUUCUUUCAGUCUCUAUUUUGGAGAAAUUAAUUUUUUUUUUGCGGAAUUGCUAGAUCUUAAUAGACUUAGAACAAAGCUCGUGCACAAUAGACUUCUGCAACUUCGAAUUUGCAUCGUGAUUUGUGUACUUAUGUUACGAGUUUGCUUGCAAGUGAAAAUUUAUUAGUUGCAAGUGGGGAAGUGAGGUUACA